AUGGUCAACAUAGCUACUCAAAUGGAGAAUAUAAUUGGUUGUGUUGGAGCAGUUAUGCGAUCAGUGGCAAAAGCAAAAGCACAAAAUCAACAAAUAACCAACACGAACGAUCAGCCUGCUUCAAUAAACGGACAAGCCAUGAGCGCAACACCAUUAUUAUUAAAUCAGAAUCAGCAUGCCCUAAAAAUAUCCACAAAUUCAGAUACUAUCCUUGUAUUACACAAUGAACAAUUGAAAUAA